AUGCAAAGGUUCGGACCAUCUGAGGGACUUUUUGGCCACAUGGGGCUUAGUGAUAAAGAUAUUGUUGCUCUAUCAGGUGGCCACACUCUGGGACAGUGUUAUAAGGAGUGUUCUGGUUUUGAGGGACCUUGGACUACAAAUCUUCUCAUCUUUGAUAACUCUUACUUCAAGGAACUCCUAAGUGGAGACAAAGAAGGUCUUAUCCAGCUUCCAUCAGAUAAAACUCUUCUGGAGGAUCUAGUAUUCCGCCCUUCAGUUGAGAAAUAUGCUGCAAUAUGUAAAACAUUUUGA